AAAGUACUCCACUUGGGCGGAAAACACCGCAUUACCUACGAUAUGGAUCGUGACAUGCUCUGGCGUUGGGAUCAAGUUCUCAAGACCCACCCCAACGGAAUGCGGUUCUCUUGCUUCAACGAGGAAGGUGAUCUGUUGGCCACGAACGAGUACUUCAGCGUCGGCGGAGGAUUCGUGGUGAAUGACAAGACGAAAGUGGAUGAGAAUCUAUUUUACAAAGGCGUCGACAAGAGUGCUGUCCAUGGCGCCAGGUUGCACCAGACUCAUAGUCUCUCCGAGUCGUUGCCGGAAGGCGCACUUUCAAACAAAGACAAUGAAGAGGCAUACCAAGACCCUGGUCAUCCUCCUUAUCCCUUCGAAUCCGGAGACAGUCUGCUGGCGUUGACUAAGAAGCAUAAUCUGACAAUCGCGCAAAUUGUUCAUGAUAACGAACGUUACUUUGGGUUGACAGACGCAGACAUAAAUGAUAGGAUCAUGCGCAUAUGGGGCGUCAUGGACGAUUGCAUUCGUACCGGAGUGACAACUGCAGAGAAAACACUGCCUGGACGCUUGAACCUUCGCCGUCGAGCUCCAAUGCUGUAUAGACGCCUUAUGCGAGGUUUCUAUCCUGGUAUAUCUAGUUCAAACCUUCCCAUGAUUGGCGCAGGCGCAGAUUCUCUCCCAGUCGGCGCCAUUGAAGAGCCUGAAUCGACGGACAGUCCGUCGUCAACGUCCCACUCCACGAAAGAUAAUGUCUCAGAACGGAAAGUUUCCAAGCGUUCACCUUGGGUAGUUGGAUCUUUUGAUCAUGCCGUGUUACCUAUGCCUCCUCGUAGAACAAUGAUACCAGCUGUGGAUUUCCUCUCCUGUUACGCUAUCGCAGUCAACGAAGUCAACGCAGGUGGUGGACGUAUUGUGACAUCCCCAACUAACGGUGCUGCAGGCGUCAUUCCCGCUGUAUUGAAAUACAUAGUCGAGUUCGUCAGCGAUGACCCAGAGAAAUCGGUGACCACGUUCCUGCUUACAGCUGCUGCUGUUGGAAUGUUGUUCAAGCGAGGGAGCACCAUUUCUGCUGCAGAAGGCGGUUGUCAGGCUGAAGUCGGUGUUGCGUGUUCUAUGGCUAGUGCUGGCUUUGCAGCGUGUAUGGGAGCUUCCCCAGAGACAGUGCUGCAGGCCGCAGAAAUAGGCAUAGAGCAUAAUCUUGGCCUGACAUGCGAUCCAAUUGACGGCCUUGUGCAGGUCCCUUGUAUCGAGCGGAAUAGUCUAGGAGCCGUUAAAGCUGUUACCGCUGCCCAGCUGUCUAUGGCAAGCCAUGGCGUUUACCGAGUCACUCUGGACGAAGCCAUUGAAGCAAUGCGACUAACUGCUGCAGACAUGAGUGUCAAAUACAAAGAAACCAGUCUUUCUGGGUUGGCGACUACUGUUAAGAUACCGUUGACCGUGCCUGCAUGUUGAUCUCGCAUGAUUACCUAGUUUCUUAUUGUUAUGCUGGACCUUUGCAUAUAGAGAUACGUGGACUUGUAGAGUUUUUUGAAAUUUUUGAAAUCUCCGUGGAGAAUCUUGUGCUCCCAAUUCGACGCUAUUGUAUGCUCAUAUGAUUCUUAGUCUUCCCUUUUUCUGAUAGAAGGCAUUUACAUUGCCGCUGAAAUUUUAGAUAGAUUACCGUCUUUUGUUGUUAGAACUUCUGACUGUGUAAUGGACUUUGUUGGAAGGAAGAACGUUCAU